AACUAAUUUAUCACUCGGUAUUUAACCUAAAUGAUUCAGUCUUUUGCUAAUAAUAAAUAAAAACUUAUUUUAUAGUUUGCAUUUCAGAGACGUAAUUUGGCGAGAUCAUAACAAAGCAUAAUAAUGGCGGAGUCUGAGAUCCCAGUGGUAGCGGAGCCAGUUGAUCCACUUUCUGAACUGAAGAAGGAUUUAGAGGGAUGGCGCGAGGCUCUUUUGCCCCUCAAUGGCUUACUUACAUGGGAGAAACCAUACCAUCCAGGCAUCCUUGUGGGUGUCACAACUUUCAUUUUUGCACUUGUGUGGUAUUUUGAGCCUUCACUGCUCACAACAUUGGCUCUCAUGGGAUUAGUGAUUACUGCUGUGGACUUCACAGUACCACUGAUUGGACCAUCUCUCUUUGGAAGCAGACCAUGGACAGUAACAGAAGAACGUCAGUUUGAGGAAAUUUGUCAACGUAUCCUAAACCUGAGAGGUCAUUUCAGUAGUUUUGUGGAAGGCCUUGCCACUCUUAAAGCAGAAAAACCCAAGGUGUAUUUUCUAGUGGUGAUGGGUGUGCUGGCACUGUUUGGUUGGAUUGGAUGCAUCGUUGAUAAUCUCUUUCUGACCUUCAUUAUUGUUCUCGUCGCACUGAUGGUGCCAGGCUUGCGUAAACAUGGAAUCAUUCAAAAGUACCUUCUGAAAUAUUGGCUUAUCGUGAAAAAGCUGCUAUUUGGACGCAUGCAAGUAAACCCAAAGAAAACAAAUUGAAGAGUAGUUUGUAGGCUUACAUAGUAACACUUGGUGUUAUUGGUGUCCAUUUCUUAUGGUAUUUAUCAUUGUUGAUGGCCUGUAGAAUUUUGAUCAGUAUUAGCUGUUUUAAUUUUUAGCUAUAGUAUAAAACUGAUCUGUUUAAUGAUAAAUGUUAAAUAUGGUUAUUUACUGUGAUCAAGACUAAGCAGUUAUAUUUGUGAGUGGUGUAUAGGGAACAAAUAAAGGACUUGUACUGUAGAAGAAGAAUUUACUGCUAGAAGAAAAAUGUAUUUUAAAAAUCAUGGUUAUAAUGAUUCAGAUUUAAAGAAUGUACAUACUGGUUUUUUUCAUCAUAUGUUAAAUUCAUGCCCUAUUGAAAAAUCUAGAUUUUUUUCCCUCUUAAAUAUUUUUGCUAAGAAUUGAUUUUGAAAUAUAGGAUUAUUGGAUUUCUUAGCUGCAGAUAGAUGGAUAUUAAAAGCACAGUCUUGUGAUUUUUUUUUUUUUUUGUGUAAAAAAAAGAGUAGUAGGGGUUUAUAACCAUCCUGCAUGUAUAUCUUUCAACUGCAUUGUUUCAGUAAAUGUCAGUUAAUGAUCAUACUUUGGUACAUCUAUAGAUUCAAGUUUUUUCUAUAUUGGCUGUUAUCUGCAUGUUGGUGGGACACUUCAUUCCAAUACAUUAGCUAAGCUGAUAUUUGCUACUGAUCCAUCCAGCUGCUGCUGAUUUAAAUUUUUUAAAUGACCCAGAAAUUCACAAGCAUAGAUCAAGCAUGAAAUCACCAUGUUUGUCCAUUUUAUUUUUGCAGUAGCUGGAUGAUUUCUAUCAAUGUUUGGGUGUUUGGGGAGCAGGAGUGGGUGGAACUCAGCUGCACCUUUUUGGCAUGCUAGUUUUAGACAGGACAGCUGAUUCGUUCAUGAUCCUUGAUACAUGUGUUGUGGCCAUCUGACCUUGUCUAAAAUGUGACAUUGAUGUGUACAUUUUCAUAUUCAUAUAUUUUUAGCUUUUAAAAAUUCUUACAAAUGUCCUGCUUUUAUAAUAUUUAAAAGGAGUUAGAAAGAAGUGAAAAAUAAGGAGUGGACAUUGUGUUAACUGACCUUUUUCUGUUGUCCUCAGCACAAACCAAAAUAGCACUUCAUACAUAUGCUUUGUAGGAUCAGCAGAUAUGCUUGAGUGGCAUGCCAUCUUUGUGCUUGUGUUGGGAUUUGGGCGUACCAUUAACAUUACUUGGAAGGGGUACCAAAACACUGUGCUGGUGUUAAAAUGUUUGUCUUAACUACUGGUCACUUGUUAAGUGAUUGAUGGUGCUUAUUUUCAUUUUCCAUUGGUGUAUUCAAAAACUAUUCCUGCGGCAAAUGUGGUCUGUGCUCUUUCAUUGUUGUGUGUGUUUCAUGGAAAUGUUAUGGAGAAAUCCUUUGGUUGAAAGUUGCUCAAAGAUACAUUUUAUCACGGUUUUUAUCUGUAAACCAAGACAUUGUUCACAAACCAGCAUCCUCCACUUAUUUCUCCUUUCACAUUUAUGUUUGCUUUUUUUCUCAGCAAAAUUAAACAUCUUUUAGGUCCUUUUAUCUUGAUCAAAACUCUUAAUUUGUAGUCAAAGAAUUGGCUGAUGUGUUACAUUAAGAACGCAGUGUUACACAAUUAAUAAGCAUUUAAGGUGGAAAUUCUUUCUGAAUUGGUUUCAUUUUGUUGUUGCAAGUGCGAAAUCUAUGCCCAAAAAAGGGCUUUCUCGACUUUGCAGAACUGAGCUGUAGCUGACCUUUUUCUUCCACUAUUAACUAGAGUUUGCUGCAAAAGAUAUCGACUCCUGGCUGUUUUGGAAGGCAUGGAAAUUGCUUUUCCAUGUUUAUGAGACUGUGAUGUAUUAAUUUAUAUUUGUGAUAUACUUGAUUAAGCUACCCUACCCACUGGCAUUUCUAGCUUGAUAAAGGAAAAAAUUUCUUAGAUCAAUCAAUAGAAAUAUGUUUGUCCUGGCAUCUGGCAGAAACAGCAGUAAGCAUUAGAGAGGUGGAAACAAUUUACAUAUUUUAAGUGCUUCAUUAAUACUAUGCAUUAGAAAGAUGCCUAAUAAAUAAUUGGAGUGGGGUUAAAUCAGACAUGGGAGAUCUUGUAGCAAUAUCAUUUUAAAUUUUCUAAAGGGGUAAUUUAGAUGUAGAAAUACCACAAACCUUGACUUUUCUUGACUAAUAAAAAUUAAAUUUGGCAUCAGAUGGGUGAUGAUUUAAAGCAGUUGUUAAUGUUUUCUAUUCCUUUAACAGAAGUGUAAUCUAUGGAAGUUGAUUACCCCAAAUCAGUCCACACAACAGAUGUCAAAUGCCUACAGCUGGAUUAGCAGUCUUAACCAUUUCAUUAUGUCUUUUGAUUCUUUAUCAUGUGUUUUUAAUGUAAAGGCAGUCACCAUUUUUAUACUGUUUAGAAUAGGUGAUUUUCUGUGUGAAAA